GAUCCCAGCGGGCGGCGGGGCCGGGCCGCGCCUGCGCACAGGCGGCUGUGGCGGCGGUGGCGGGAAGCGCGGCGCUGAGGUAAUGGUGGCCCCGCGUCUCCAUCUGCGCGGCUGAUGGCGGUUAUUUUAUUUGUGUUCAGUUCUCCAGUGUGGCUCACCAUGCAAUACUUGAUGCAUUUCUACCACUCUUCGAACACAAACUGUUUCAGAGAGAAGGGAGACACUUGCCCUGAGGGAAAUAUCAAUUAAAUUCUGCUCUUUGUGUAUGAGAGUAGAUCCAGACCACUCCAACUCCAUUUCUUUCUUGUAAAUGGGGGAAAUAUGGUUACCGACAGACUGUUCCUAACAGAAGAAAGAAAAUUCUAACUGCUCACAAAUGUUUCUUGUCAGAAUGAAAUUCCUACAGCUACUGUCCAGGAAACCUGGGAAACUGGGAAUGCUUUUUCAAAUACCUUUUUGCCAAAACCAAUUCCCAUAUUUGUGUCUGGCCACCUCCACUUGUCUUUAUAGUAAAAAGAAAAAAGUGAAUGGUUACGAACAAGUUGACCAAGAAAAAUACAAGAACUUGGUCUACUCUGUUACAUCUUACAAAACCAGCGCCCAAACACCAGAGACAAUAUUGGAAGAAGACAAUUUGUUAUAUGGGCCACCGGAUAAACACAGACCUCCCGUUAAAGCUGAAACAAAAACUCCCAAGAACUGUGUUCCUUUAAUAAACCCCGACAAGAGAAUUCCCCUUCUCAGCAGUGAGUCAAACCUCCCCAUGAAAAUCUCUUUACAAAAAACAAAAAUGCCCAGUGUUACUCGUAUUCUUCAACAGACUAUGUCUCCACAACAAGUCUUUUAUCUAGAAAGAUGGAAGCAGAAAAUGAUACAGGAACUUGGAAAAGAUGGGUUUGAAGAGUACACUAAAAGGGUUUUCCCAUUUUUCUUAGAUCUUUUUCUCCAAGGAGAGUUCUUUCAUGCAGCUUUGGAAUCUAUAUUUCUGUCUGAAGAAGUGACAACUAAGGAGCAGAGAGAAGAUGUUGCUAUUUCUGGCUACUUAUCAAGCGUGCAGCAUGUCUUAAAAGAUGUCAGCGAAGUGAAAGCCCUGGAAAGUGCCGUUCAGCAUGAGACUCUUCAGUACCUGGGCCUGGUAGACUGCGUGGCUAAGUAUCGAGGCCAGUUGUGUGUGAUUGACUGGAAAACUUCAGAGAAACCAAAGCCGUUUCUGAAGAAUACUUUUGACAACCCAUUACAGGUUGCAGCAUAUAUUGGAGCCAUAAAUCAUGAUGCCAAUUAUGACUUCCAGGUUAGCUGUGGACUGAUUGUGGUUGCCUAUAAGAACGGCUCCCCUGCGCAUCCGCAUUUCAUGGAUCCCGACCUGUGCUCGCAGUACUGGAACAAGUGGCUUUUGCGCCUUGAAGAGUACAUGGACAAAAACUGACCCAAACUAAGCCAUGAUGAAGCCUGUGGUCUGAGCACAGAGCCAAACCAAGAAUCCUUUGUUUAAAUCUUCUGUUUGAAUACAUAUUCUUUUUUGAGUAACUUUGGCUAAUUUCUUAAUAUCGGGGUUUCCCCCCCACCACCACCAAAAAAAAAAAAAAGAUUGAAAGAAAAUUGGAGUGGGGCAUGUGUAUUUCCUUACGUUGUAGGUGACUUAAGUGGACUUGGCUGGACAGAGUCGACUUACUUAAUCUCUGGUUUUCCCCACAAAGUUUAUACAGCCUGAAGUUGAUAGGAAAGUUGUUCAAUCAAAUCAUCCUUCUUUUGUCGUUUUAAAAAAAAAAAACCAAAACAAAACAACCUGUUGCAGAACUGAGACUUUGAAAAUGAAGUUGGUGAACUAAAACAGAACGACAUCUGCAUAGUCUGAGCUGAGAGAAAUGCAAACGAUAAACAAAUGAAUAUAGUAGACCAGGUUUCGGUCAGCUUAGUUCUUGCUCAUCUCAAAGGUAUCUAUUAACAGGCUUGUUACGAUUUGUGGUUUCUCUUACGGCAACAACUGGAAAAACUGCGCUGAGAAUUAUAACCAAAGUUCUCAUAAGCGUUUAUUUAAAAUACUAAGGCAACGCAAUUCUUUAAGAGAGGUGGCUUAGCAAAAGAGGAGCAGAAUUGUGACCGAUACACUUAGAAAUUUCCAAUGAGUGUUCUGAAAAGUUGGAAGUUUGACCACUUCUAGCAAGUGGCUCCUCCCGCAGGUUUCCUAACAGGCUGGGCGGCCCCCAUGAGAGAGCUGUGAGAGUGCAAACCUUGGACCUUCGGUUGUGAGGGGCUGUGCAGGACAGGUCUGCAGCUGUCUUGAGCUCCCCUGACUUUGCUGGGGGUCUGAGCCGAUACGGAGCCCACCUUGUGUGGAACCAUCUCCUGUGCCAGGUUAUAGCGUUCGCCAGUGCGAGUGAGUUUAUAAAAGCAGCCUUGUCACUUCGAAGCUGGGCCUUCUGAGGAACGAAGAGCUGCUGGUUGGGUUUUGUCAGUUGUUUUUGUUUGGGUUUUUUUUCAAAUAAGUUUGUGAAUAGAUGUUCUAAAACGGAAGAGUUAAUUUGAAGCUUGUUUCUCUGUCUAUAGACUUGGUUUUGAAUAAGCCUUGAUGUUGUCAGGCGGUAUUGCUUUGUGUGUUCCACACCUGGAAAGCUCUUUUCCUCAUUCCCUUUGUUUACUCUGAGUUGUACGUAUGAGUUUUUGUAAUAACACUGCAGAUUACCAAUAAAAAUACGACCAACCCAUAAGCUUCAAGAAAAUCAGCCCGAACCGUACCCAAAAAAACCCAAUGGGCAGGCUUGCUGCUGAAGAAACUGAAACCUUUGUUCCUGCAGGGUACUGAACUGUGGAAACCUGUGCAAUGAAACUUAGUUAUAGUGGUACUUGCUUAUUCAAACCUGGCCUGGUGAUGCUAUGAUUACUCUGUGCUUAAUUAGAUUUCUAUCUAAAAAGACAAACCGUGGCGACUGAGAAACUGGGUUCAGAGAUGACUAACCACGAGGACGCUGCGUGAGUGCUCAGAAGUUCUACCUGUUUUACCAGUAUCUUCCCACAUCACAGAAUUUUAGCAAGUGGGUGGUUCAACGUCCCUGAACACGGUCAAUUUUCUGUGAAAGACUGCUCCAUGAACACAAAGAAGGCGGGCAUAAGCAAGAGGUAAGAUGCCCCUGGGCAGAAGCAGGAGGCGAUAAGAUGUGCUGAAUUCCCUGGGUUGAUUGGGAUUGGGUACAUCGAGAGAGCACGGAAGAGUUGGGCAAUGUUUGGGUGGGAUUGCCGCCUUCCUCAGUGCAUCAUCCAGCCGUUAGAUGUCUCUGAAGCAUGUAAGAUUCCAGACUCAUCCUGCCACCUGGUAAAUGUCAAGUCUGGAGCCUGGGCAGUGCUGUCACCCCUUGGCUUC